UCAGUAAACAGAAGUGUCAAGUUGAUUUGAGAAAUUAAUAAAAAAAAUGUGAAAUUUUUAAAAUUAAUUAUGAUACAUGAAAAAAUUAAUUUAAUAAGAAAAAAAUUAAUUUUUAAAUCAUAUAGAUAUAAAAAUAGAUAUUAAUUUUUUUUAAAAACAAGUAUAUUUUUCAUGUGAAAUGAUUUCGUGUACUUUUAGAAUUUUUUGUAUUUUGUUGCUGAAUGUGCAAAUUGUUCCCGCAUUAAAUGAUGAAGUGGUAAACAUUUUAGGAAAUAAUGAAUAUAUGAAUAAUUUCAUUGAUAAUGUGGAAAACAAUGAAACAAUUUCUCAGAAAAUUGCAAAUAAUGAACAAAAUAAUGUGAAAAAAAAUUCUUGGUUUUUAAACGUACCACUUUUGCCAAUUGUUGUUGCUACCUCCAAUUCAAUUCCAGAAGGUUAUUGCAAAAAACAAUUGCAUUUGUAUCUUUCGCACUUGAACAAUGGAACACUAUGGGCAACUGAAAUGUUUGAUUCAUCAGCAAAAUAUCCUUAUGGAAUUUUGGAGGGAUUAACACGACAUUUAGGAAUAUUUGAUCAAUGUCAUCGAAUUCAUACGACGAUACCGAAUAAUGAAAAUAAUGAAGAAAUUCGUGGUAGAUAUUGCCUCGUUGAUAUUGAAUAUCAUGAAAAAAAUGAAUCCGCAAAUGUAUCAGAAUAUAUGGAUAUUUGGUUUGAUUCUCAUGGUUCAGCGUGGGAGGCAAUUCGAGAAAAAGAUGAUGUAAGACGUUACGAAAGAUACCGGUUGCAAAUGGCUCUAUGUACUCCAGCAAGUUGUUAUCCAGACGAUAUUGUCAAUGCAUUGACGGAACCCUUGGAAAAAUUUGCAGAACAAUAUAAUUUGAGAAUAAAAAUCUCGAUAAAUGAGAAAUUUUGUCAUGCAGCUCAUGAAACUCCAAAAUUAUCUAAUAAUACUAUUAUAUUUUGUUGCAUCGUCCUUUUAAUGAUUAUCCUAAUUGUCAUUAGUUCAAUUUACGAUUACAUAAAUGACAAUAAAGAGGAAAAUCAAUCACUUCGCAAGGAAAUAUUAUACUGUUUUUCAGCACAACGAAGUUUAAAAAGUAUUUUUAGUAUCAAUUAUCGACAUCGUGGAUUUGAUGUUUUGCAUAUUUUCAGAUUUGCUUUUUCAACUAUCGCGGCUGUUGGACAUCGACAUAUACAAGUUUUACAUGUCUCAAAUAUAACCGCCAGAUAUUUUGAAAUGACAACGAUGUCAAAUAUUUAUACCAUGAUUUUUCACAAUGGAUCAAUAAUUGUAGAUGCAUUUUUUGGAUAUGGUGGACUUGUAUUAAGUUAUCAAUUAUUAGAUUAUUUGGAACAUUCGUCAAAGAAUUUUAAUGUUUUUCUUUUAAUUUUAAAACGAUUUAUUAGAUUAGCUCCUCUUUAUAUGUUCGUGACAUUUGCCUAUGCAGUAUUAUUUUACCAUUUGGGUUCAGGACCAUUUUGGGAAGACAGAUUUGGAUUCGAUAAAGAUGCUUGCUCCACUUAUUGGUGGACAAAUCUUCUUUUCAUCAGUAACUAUUAUAAUAGCAGAAAUACAUGUAUUUUUCAAUCAUGGUAUGUGGCGGUAGAUUUUCAUUGUUUUGUAAUUGGAAUAUUUUUGAUAUUGGCAUUUCGAAAAAUGUCUCGAAAAAUUGGUUACAUAUUUCUAAGUAUUAUUUUAAUGCUUUCCAUUGCAAUACCUUUUUAUGAAACUUACAAAUAUGACAUUAGUCCAUUUAUAGAGGGAUUUGGCAAAAUCAGAAAAAUGGAAGAUUACAGAUAUUUUACAGAUCAUUAUGUGAAAACUCAUAUGCGAUUGCCAGCUUAUUUUGUUGGUUUAAUUAUGGGAGCUGUUAUUUAUGAUUAUAAGUUCGCGACGUGGCGACUUUCUAAGGGCUGGUCUCAAUUUUUAUUCAUUCUACAAGUAGUAGUAUUGAGUCUUCUUAUUCAAAAUUUAGGAUAUUACUUUGUUGAUCCAAAUGUGAAAUUAAAUUUAUUUUUAAAAAGUCUUUACGCAAGUAUUCAUCGACCAAUUUUCUCAUUUAGUAUGUGUUCUGUCGUUUUACUUUUGACAAUUGGUGAUGGACUAGAUUUUCAGUAUAAUUUCAUGACACCUCGUUGGGUGCAACCAAUAUCCAAACUUUCUUAUGCUUAUUUUCUCAUACACUUUUUUAUUCUAUCUUAUGAUGUCGGAACUGCGAGAACAGCCUUUACUUUUACCUUUUUUAAUCUUAUCAGAUAUAGUGUAAUUGAUUCUAUUUAUACGUUAAUAUUAUCAUUAUUUCUCGUUGUUUUAAUUGAGGAACCGUUCAAGAAUCUUGGAAAUUUAUUAUUUAGAGGAAAAAUUGCCACCAAACCAAUCAAAAAAUCUGAGAUAACGAAGAAAAUGGAGUAACUAGAAAAAAUUGUAUAAAAUAUUUAAAUAACAAACAUAUUCCUUUAUUAUUUAAGUAUAUUAACUUAAAUUAAGAGAAUAUUUAAAAUGUAUACAUAUAGAAUAUACGCUGUCAUUAGAUUUUUUUAUUAAAAUAAAUUAUGAUAUAAAAUGGAAA